CCACCAAAACAUAUCCAACAUGGCAUCCCACAGCGCCCAGGUUACCGUCCUCUACCCUCAAAAGGAAGGCUCAACCUUCGAUAUCGACUACUACCAUAACAACCAUUUACCGCUCUGCGAGAAGCACUGGAAGCCGUUCGGCCUCAAGUCCUGGAACGUUACCCAAUUCGACUCCGCCGCGCCGUACAGUUUCUGUCUAGUUGCAGACUUUGAGACUCUGGAGGGCUUCCAGAAAGCGUCGGCGGACCCGAGCAUUGCCGAGAUCAUGGCCGAUGUUCCCAAAUACAGCAGUGAGCAACCAGUGUUGCUUGCGGGAGCUGUGGUCAGUAGGGGUUAGGACUUCUUCUGAGAAGAAAUGCAAUGAGGGGUAGAAAUAGCGGAGAUAUGGUAGUGAUGAGGGGUAGUUUCUCCGCAUCCUGGCAUCUCUCGAACUUUAUGCGAACGAAUGAAUGACAACUCUUCUGCGACUCGGUCACUUUUGUUGUCUACUUCAUACGAGGCGCGAUGUAUCCCACUUCGCAUCCUCAUCUGCAGCGUUUU